UUCAGUGAAUACCGAAUCCCGCCCCCAGCUCGCCAGCCUGUCGCUCGCAUUCUCGCUCCAAACCGAAUGUCGAGUUUUGUCGUGUAUCACCUUGUGAUGGUCUGAAAACGUGUCGAAGUCUCCGUGAGACUAGAUCCGCCUCUUUCGCGCCGCCACGGUGAUGGCGACAGUGAAACAGACGACUGCUAGGCUGCGGAACAGUCGGCGCCGCGCGGUCCCCAAUCCGCUGACGGGCAGUGGGAUUGUGAGCGCAAACUGCGGAGCACACUUCCUGUCCCCAACAAGGGGUCUCAGUUUGUCCUAUCUCGACACCAUCAUCAUCACCUACCAUUCCAACCUUGCCAAUCCCGCGCUGUCAUGCUGGUGUGGCGCGUCUGGGCCGGCAAUACAGAAAUUCAGCGCCGACAAUGUUAGUCCAUUUAAUGGGAGCGCACAUGUUCUCCUGAACUUUACCUCGGACGACCCCUGCUGGUUUGAACUGACCUCCCCGUCUGGCGACUGCCGCACCCUCAGCGAGUUGUUCAUCUUGUCGCCGAACCAGCACGACUCGGACGACAGGCCAACAUCGACUCGGACGCGCAUCGUGACGACUUCCCCUCUGACAGCACGCAGAGCCGCAGCCGUGGAUUCCCAGGCACCCAACUCCCGAGGCGACAGCUUCAACGCCGGAGCCAAAGCGGCGUUGGGCAUCGGGAUCGCACUGAUCUGCAUUGCCAUCGGCGCGAUGGCUGCCUUCCUGUAUUUCAGACGCCGGCGCCGCGGGCAGGAUGGUGAUGGGACAAAUGGCAUCACGGGCCAUGACCGGCGUAACGGGAGGAAAGGCCCAGAGAAGACGCGAAAUGGCGCGUCGUCAAACACUUCGGACGAGCCACUAUGCCCCAUACAACCUGUCUUUGACGGCUAUCCAGGCUCGACGGGUUAUGAGGAUGUACGCUCGCUCCAUUCAACCAUACAGACACAUUCACCGUCGCCAACGGGGGCCCAGUCGCCGACGCACUCGCACAAUGGCGCCUUCUGGACAUACGAGCGCAGCACCGAACGGGAGGAGCUCACGGCUGCGCGUCUGAAAGCUCAGCUGAAUGCCUCCGGCGCGGCGACGGUGGUGUCGUACGGGCCCAACCCGGUCACUCCGACGAUAGCGCCCCGCCUCACCCCGAAACCAGCUCCGAACCCGGCGGUGACACCAAUAAGUCCCGGUAGUACAGAGGCGGUGCCAUACUUCUCUGAUUACACCAACUUCAGCAUCCCUCCCCCGUCUCCGAUACCCGUCUCAAAGCCGUCGCCUCCAAAGAAACCUGCCGUGCCGCUUGUGGUUUCGUAUGGACCGAACAAAGUCACUCCCACCCCGCUGGUAGUCUCACCUACCGUCCCGCCCGACGAGGCCUUAAUGAACCGCAAGGUGGCGGAAGCGAAUUCCGCAACGUCCCACGAGCGUCAGUUCUCCUGGGAAGCCGACUCCCCGCUGCUGGGCGUUUCCAUGGGCCCGCUACCACCGUACGCUUCGACCGAGGACUUUGAGGCCAUGGAAAAGGGUGCGGUUCGCAAGCUGGCGGAACCCCAGGCUGAGGCCGAGCUGCCGCCCACAAAGGACGGAUUCUACCACUCUACAUAUGACAUUGUCGAGUACGAGCUCCCUGGCGCCGCGCCAGGGAGCGAGCCGCAGCUACCGUUCCGUCCGUACCAGCCGCAGCAUGCACAGGCCGGCCCGUCCAGCGGAGGCCGAAACAACAGGGAGAUCGACGAGCAGAAGUUCCUGCUCUCGGAUGCAGAGAUUUCAAUGAUGAAGGCCAGGGCGCGGGCCACUGCCGCCAAACCGACACGGCAGGAGGGCGAGUCCUACGACUUGGGCCAGCCGUACCAUAACAUGAGGUGACAUUGGUGAUGGUCCAUGGACCAUCAACGUCAAUGCAACGAAGCGGCACUAGUGGAGAGCUGGGUACAUAAACCUACCUACCUUUUAAACACUUUACCUAAUAGGCCGAGGA